ACGGGCUGCUUUGCUGUAGGAUACUGCAGUGAUGUGAGCGCUGUUUGUGGAUUCAACUUUUAUAAACGUAGCAAAGAAUAAAUACUUUUAAGACCGAAGUGAAAGAAGGACGUUACCGUUUGCGAGCCUGUUCUUCAUCGUUAAUCGAGCCUGUGCGAUAUUCCCGGCUGCCGACCAUGUCCUUCGGUCAUAUUCAGACUCAGUGCUAUUCUCCAGAAAUAUUGGCUACUGAUUGCUAUGGGGAUGUCACUUGACUCCACGCAAACCUAUUGAGUUGUUUACAGCGCUCUGGGAUACUGAACAACUGGCUAUCAAACCACGCAUGGAAUAUUGAGACUUACUAUUAAUAAAAUCAAAGAUGGAAACGAUUAAAGAAGAGCAGCUCCCCCCAGUGGCACAAAGCAGUGUUGCCGAGGAUAUGUCAGAGCUGGGUUCCAUCUGUGUGAAGGAGGAGGCUACUGAACUACUCAUCAAAGCAGAGAACAAGUCUGACUCGGAAAUCUGUGCAGAAUGUGGGAAAAACUAUCAGACUCGCCCGAGGAGUGGCAAUUCCCGGUGUUCGGUUUGCGAUCAGAAUUCCAAGGGGUCUGAAAUCCUCAGACGACCCUCAGAGCCCACCCACACCUGCCCCGAGUGUGGCGCCAAAUUCAGCCACUCAAACUCUCUGAAGAGACACCAGCGAAUUCACACAGGAGAGAAACCUUAUCACUGCCCGGACUGCGGGGAGAGCUACGGCAGACUGGAACACAUGAGAAACCAUCAGCGAGUUCAUACUGGGCAGGCUCAGUACCAGUGCUCCCAGUGCAGAAAGAGCUUCAGCCAACUGGGCAACCUGAAGCUCCAUCUGAGGAUCCAUACUGGGGAGAAAGCCUACCACUGUGCUGAGUGUGGGCAACUGUUUGCACAGCUGGGGGAUCUGAAGCAGCACAAGCUGAUUCACGCUGGGGGCGACGCUGCGUACCAGUGUUCCCAGUGUGCGGCAGGCUUCUCCCAGUUCCAGGAGCUGAAAGAGCACCAGAGGGUCCAUGCUAAAGGGGGUGCCGGUUUUGUCGAGCCCCCCGAGAGCUUAUUUAUCUGCGAGGAGUGUGGGGACAGCUUCACUCAGUCGGGGCAUUAUAAAACUCACCAGCGCAUUCACACAGGAGAGAAACCCUAUCACUGUCAGCAAUGUGGGCAGAGCUUCACUUACUCCAAUCAGAUGCUGUCUCUUGAUGAACGACAGACGGGUGGAAGGUUUCCAGGAGACUAGACAGAACAGCUUUCCACAGCCUCCCCCUCUCUCCAUGGAAUGGAAUAACUCAAGACAAUCUGUAGAUACAUGCGUCAGUAGUUCCUGUAAUAAAGCAUCUUGUUUAUAGUUGACAUUGUUCUCAUGCUAUUUUUAUAGGAUGCACUAUGCAUUAAAUGGGGACUACGAGAAUACAUAUUCAUAAACUGCUUUUAAACACGAUCAUUCAUUCGGUACUGAACUGCAAACAAUCUUCAACUAUAACUUGUGCAUACAAAUUCCCAAAAAGCCUUUUAUGUUUAAUUUUCUAUUUAAAUAGUGUUUCUGCGAAUGCAAAUGUUACAAUGUUAGAUAUAAUGUUCAUGUAUAAACCUUUUCAGUUGUAUCUGAUAGUAUGUUUUUAAUUCUUUAAGAAAGCAGUUGGUUCUAGGUAGUUCGAAAAUC